AUGACGGAGUGCGGAGCUGACUUCCUGCACCUUGACGUUAUGGACGGGGUGAAACCCAUGGCAGGAGCCAAUCAGUACACAUUCCACCCGGAGGCCACCACCAAUGCUGGAAACCUCAUCAAGGAGAUUUUUUUUAACCUUAAUUUAAUUAGGCAAAGAGAGCGGCAUGAAAGGUUAUGUUAUGGAUCUGUUAAGGGUUAUGUUAUGGAUCUGUUAAGGGUUAGGGAUCUGUUAAGGGUUAGGGAUCUGUUAAGGGUUAGGGAUCUGUUAAGGGUUAGGUUAGGGAAAAUCGUAUUUUGGAUGGGAAUCAGUUUGAUCCACACAAGGAUUGUAAAACCAACGUGUGUGUGUGUCUUUUCGGUGGGCCUGGCCAUAAAGCCUGGGACUACAGUAGAGGAGUUGGCACCGUGGGCUGGACAGAUCAACAUGGCUCUGGUCAUGACUGUGGAGCCUGGCUUUGGAGGCCAGAAGUUCAUGGAGGACAUGAUGCCCAAGGUGAGCUGGCUGAGGAGUCAGUUUCCCUCUCUGGACAUUGUGGAUGGAGGAGUGGGUCCUUCUGCCAUCCAUAAGUGUGCGGAGGCGGAUGCUGACAUGAUCAUGCCGGACUGUGGUAAGCAGUGACGAGCCUCGCUCUGUCAGACAGACAGAACUGCUGAACAAGAUGACAUUUUUUUUUUGGGGGGGGCAGGCUAGUGUAUUGUCACUGCCCUGUUUUAAAAUGCUUGUUACAUGAUACAGAGGAUUCCUCGCCUCUUCUUGCUCUGCUCGGUUGGUUUGAAAAGUAGUUCACUACUCAGACACUAGAGGGCAAGCUUGCUCAAACUAUUCAUCCCUAUAGGUUUGUAUACCCUGGACUGUCAUUCUUUUUUAUUUCCCCAUUUUCUGUACUGUCUUGUUUAGACUAAUUACUUAUUGAUAAUAAGUCAUGAAUAUUAUUGAUAAUAUUGAAUUAUAUAUGACUGACUACCAUAUGUGGCAUAGGAGAGUAUUAGUGAUCUAGCAGUUAUAUCUGAAUUUAAUAUGGGAUAUAAUGUUAGUACCUGCACAGGGAUUUAUUUAAUCAAAACUAAUAGUAACAUUACCGGAUAGAUAACAAAACAACAGCAACCUCUCCUUGCACUAAUAGGAACCAUGUUUCCAUUUAACACCAUUUAACUGACAAGAUUUACUCCAGUAAAUAAAUGUUUCUUGAAUAUUGUUCAAAGCCCUUCUAUUUCAGGUGGCCAUUUUGUCUGAGAUAGGGGACAUCUCUACAUUUCAUAUCUCUACGCCUGCCAGAACAAACCUCUUGUCAAUGAGAAUCACACAUGACAUACUUUUAGCUGCAAGCCGCUCAUUCUCAAUAAUGCAACAAAUAUCUGGAAGAUAAUUCGCAUUCUCCUGCAGUAUUAAUGUCAGAAAUCUGUAUUUCCGUUUGUGUCACAUAUCGCACAAGACAGAGGUUCAUAGGAGACUGACUCCAGAUCUGUUGGAAAAGCUGUUUAUGGAAACGCUAAUACCCUGGUCGCUAUUGAGACGUGUGUGUAUUUGGGAUGUAGGGACAUGUAAGAGGGUCUCCUGCUCUGUCUAUUGACAAGGUUUUUCUACAGCUGGAUAUGUGCCAUGUCUCAGACUGCACCAUCAUUCCAAGACAUGAUAUCGUAUCUGUGGGAGAUGCUGUGAGUUAUACAUACAUGUAGAGAGUGAACAAGUAUAAGACACGCUGCACAUUUCUGUUAGAUAUGAAGCAUAUCAUCUUUAAGAGAUGAAAACAGAAGUCCGUCGACGCACUAGAACUUCACCGUUCUAUAAAUUCUCCAUUCUACAAUGGAAUCAUAGAUUCAAGGAGGAAACUCUUGACAGAGGCAGACCUUUUUAACCAAACACACUAACAAAUAGGCCCACUUACAACAACACAUGCUUCCACAUAGGCCCACUUACAACAACACAUGCUUCCACAUAGGCCAACUGUACUGUGCACAUAUCCAAUGCUACUCAAGGGGAUGGGACAUUUGCUCCAGAGGUGCCAGAAAAACCAUAUCCAGAUGCUGUAGCGUUACAUAGAUUAGGUAGCGUUGGUUGGAACUUUCUUUUCAAGUCCUCCCCUCCACACUGUAUCGUGUGUGUGAGGCUGAGAUGCCUAGUGUAUAUAUGUCACUAUGUCCGCAGGCACUUACAGGAGACUUUUAUUGCAGUGUACACACACUCGGGGUAAUUAUAACCCCAGUAACACACACACACACACCAAACAUGAGUCAUGCUGGCAGCCAUCAUGUGGCGUUUAUGAGCCGGUCUUCAGAGAUCUGCUGACUGAGUUUGGCUGGAUUGCUGUCUCUGGUGAGAAUGCUGGCACAGAGCAGUACACAGAGGACACAACCCCAGGGCCCCUACUGAGCAGGGUUUAGUAGUCAGAGCCUACAUCAGUAAUUGGAACACACUACCACUGGAAGAUAAACCAGAAGCCAGCUCUUCUCAGAAACACCAUCUACUGGGCUUGGAUUGGAAAGAAAUGUGACAUCCAAGGCUUUUGAAUUCCAAUGUGAAUAAGAUUUAUUCAUCUUCAUGAUCAUGUAACUCAAAACAUAUUGAUAUGUAGACUUGAGAUGUAACAUUUCUCAUUCAUCAUGUAGUCACAUUGAAUGGAUUAUUCAAAUCCAUCCGUCCAAAGC